AUGGCGACACAAACGAUCAACAAGGAUGCGAUCAGCAACCUCUCCUUCGUCCUGAACAAGCCCGGCGACGUCACCUUUGAGGAGCGGCCCAAGCCGACCAUCGCGGACCCCAACGACGUCCUCGUCGCCGUCAACUACACGGGCAUCUGCGGCUCCGACGUGCACUACUGGGUGCACGGCGCCAUCGGCCACUUCGUGGUCAAGGACCCGAUGGUGCUGGGCCACGAGUCCGCCGGCACCGUCGUCGAGGUCGGCCCGGCCGUCAAGAGCCUCAAGCCCGGCGACCGCGUCGCCCUCGAGCCCGGCUACCCGUGCCGGCGGUGCUCCUUCUGCCGCGCCGGCAAGUACAACCUGUGCCCGGACAUGGUCUUCGCCGCCACGCCGCCGUACCACGGCACCCUGACGGGCCUGUGGGCGGCGCCGGCCGACUUCUGCUACAAGCUGCCGGACAACGUCUCGCUGCAGGAGGGCGCGCUGAUCGAGCCGCUGGCCGUGGCCGUCCACAUCGUCAAGCAGGCCCGCAUCCAGCCGGGCCAGUCCGUCGUCGUCAUGGGCGCGGGCCCCGUCGGCCUGCUGUGCGCCGCCGUGGCCAAGUCCUACGGCGCCACCAAGAUCGUCAGCGUCGACAUCGUGCAGUCCAAGCUGGACUUUGCGCGCGACUUCAGCUCGACGCACACGUACGUCUCCCAGCGCGUCUCGCCCGAGGAGAACGCAAGGGCCAUCAAGGAGCUGGCGGAGCUGCCCGGCGGCGCCGACGUCGUGAUUGACGCCAGCGGCGCGGAGCCGUCGAUCCAGACGAGCAUUCACGUCGUGCGCAUGGGCGGCACGUACGUCCAGGGCGGCAUGGGCAAGAGCGACAUCAACUUCCCGAUCAUGGCCAUGUGCCUCAAGGAGGUGACGGCCAGGGGAUCGUUCCGCUACGGCGCCGGAGACUACGAGCUUGCUGUCGAGCUGGUCCGGACGGGGCGGGUGGAUGUGAAGAAGCUGAUUACGGGCAUUGUCAGCUUCAAGCAGGCGGAGGAGGCGUUCCAGAAGGUCAAGUCUGGAGAGGCCAUCAAAAUUCUCAUUGCCGGACCCAACGAGAAGGUGUGA